UUCUCGAGUGACGCCGGUGGUAAGUGGCUAGUCUGGACUCAACAUGGUUUUGCUGAAACGAAGGGAACUAAUAAUUGUAUCGGUUUUCUGGCUGUCAUGCUGAACAUUUUUGAACCUGCGAUGUGUCGCGUUAAAUAGUUUAGUCGUACAGACGCGCUUCAGCUGAAAUCCUAGAACACUGGAGGAAAGCAUGACCGAGAAAAAUCUGCUGUUUAUAGAUAUCGAAGCGAAAUCCCACAGCUCCACUGCUCCUGGCGGAGUUGAGAAACCUCUUUGGGCUCGUAGUGACAACACCUUCAGAUUUAACUUCUUGUCCGAUGAGAAAACUUCUCCAGUAGAUACAGUUGAGCCGGCAGCGAGCCGGACAGCCUUUACCGGACAGGGCUCCGCUUUUGCCUUCAACUUUCAAAUCCCUCCCGUGGAAGACAUGGAGACAGGAGAGACAGCAGGCAGCCAGCAGUGCGUCCAAGAGGAGAAGCCGUCCCUUUUGCAGGAGGCUGACUCUCCGACCCAACAAUCCGCGAAGUCAAAAACAAAGAAGAAGAAAUCUGGAAAGAAGAAGGCUACGAGCGCAGAGCCAGAGCAGAAACCAAGCGAGGGGAGUCCAGGAGGUGAAGACGCUGAGCUGAGUGCAGAAGAGCAGCUGAACAGGCAGCUGGACUGGUGCAUUGAGCAGCUGGAACUGGGGCUAAAGUCUCAGAAGGGAACACCAAAACAGAAGGAGGAGGCUUCCCGUGCCCUGAAAACUCUGCGCAGCUCCAAAGCUCCUCUGGUCAAGAAGAGGCAGGUGAUGAGAGCCAUGAGCGGAGACUACAGGAAAAAAAUGGAAGAGGAGAAGAGCAAGCAGUUCAAACUCAUUCAGACUGAAAUUGCAUCAGCUCAAGUCAAAGUCGUGUCGGAUUCUCCAAAGAAGUCUGUUUUCCACCGGAGAGCUGAAGUCAAAACUCAGACACCAGCCACAGAGGAGAACCUGCAGCAAACUGAAGCCCGGGAUAAAGAGCUGCCACUUCAAACUGGGGAGGAGACUUCAAGUUUUGUCUUUAUUCCGUCAAAAGAGGAGUUCUGCUUCAAUUUUCUCUGAUUUGUGUCCUGACGGAAAACUUUUAACCAUACAGGAUGUUGGAAAUAAAGUGCCACUUACGCAGCCUGAAGGCUUUGCUCUGAAAUCUGUGAUGGACACGAUAGCAACAAUAAAUAAUCUGUAAACUGAUAUUUUGUAUUUGUUAAUGGAUAUUUGAGCAGAGUCACGUUUCAUCGCUCUCUGUUUGUAACAUAUCUAAAUAAAAUUUUGUAUUUUU